CCCGCCGCCAGGACGAAGCUGGGCCUCCUGGAGAAGAAGAAGGACUACCGGCUGCGUGCGCGCGACUACCACAAGAAGCAGAAUGCCCUCAGGGCCCUGCAGAAGAAGGCUCUGGACAAGAACCCUGAUGAGUUCUACUUCAAGAUGAUCCGUGCAGAGCUCAAGGAUGGAACCCACAUCAUAAAGCAGCCAAAGGAUGAGGUGACCCCAGAGCAGGUGAAGCUGAUGAGGACACAGGACAUCAAGUAUGUGGAGAUGAAAAGAGUGGCAGAAGCCAAGAAGAUCGAGCGGCUGAAGGCAGAGCUCCACCUGCUGGACGCGGCGGGGAGC